UCCUCCCGACACGGCGACGCCCUCGCACAGCACUGCGCCACUGCCCGACAUCGACGCCCAGCCGCCUCGCCGUCGCCGUUCCUCGCGACCUCACCGCCGGUCGCCAGUCGGAGCCCGGAUCCCAGCCUCCCGGCGCCCGCGCCUCUCCUUCCCGCCCGGCCGGACGGCCCUCUGGUCCAGCCGCGCCUCCCUGCCCACGCCCCUCCCUGCGCGCGGCCGUGCCCCUGCCGCCGGCCGGAAGCCUGGCGCCCCUGCCCUCGCCCCCCUGCAAGUUUGGCGGCAGCCACUGCCGCUCAGUCACCACACCAGCCUCCGGAAUUGAAGAGGUGAAUGAAGCUGAUAUAAUUGAUAUCUUCAUGGCAAUGCAAAAACGUAGGCCAGAAACAGUCUUUUUGAAUUUCUCAAGACCACCCUGUCAUCCCCUCUGCAGCCGGGCUCACGGAGAAGGGCGUCACCCCGCCAUGAUCGCCGCAUCGGCGCGGCGGGUCGCUGCCGCCGCCGCUUCGUCUUCCCCGUCCGGCCAUGUCUCUCAGCUGGCCUCGACGCUGAAUCACCAGAGAUGGAUUCACGACCGGAACAAGAAGGCAAUGGAGUUGGUGGCCAAGGGUUGGAGCGCCCUACAGGAGGUCGAUCGCGUCAUCGACUUCGCCGACCGCAACGACAAGCGACUAAUCCCACUUCUCAGGGGCGCAAAGGAGAACUUUGAGCUGGCUCUAGAGAUCGACAAUAUGAAUACUCACGCGAGAUGUUGGCUGGCCAAGAUGCAUUUCAAGUACCAUGUUCCCGGGGCGUGCAAGGCAAUUGGUGCUGCUUUGCUUGUUGAAGCUGCGAACAUGGGUGAUCCAGAGGCACAGUAUGAACUUGGAUGUCGGCUAAGAGUUGAGAAUGAUCAUGUUCAGUCUGAUCAACAGGCCUUUCAUUAUAUAGAGAAAGCUGUUGACCAGUUGCAUCCUGGUGCUUUGUAUCUUCUUGGUGCUGUAUAUAUAACUGGGGAUUGCGUUAAGAGGGACAUAGCUUCAGCUAUGUGGUGUUUCCAUAGAGCUUCAGAAAAGGGACAUGCUGGAGCUGCAAUUGCAUAUGGUUCCCUUCUUCUGAAAGGUGCUGAAGUGCCUGAAGUCAUUACCAGGUUCAACUCAGGCAAGAGUCCGUCAACUGGGAAGGUGCGAAAAAGGACCAUACAGCAGGACCCAGUAAAGCUGGCAAAGGAGCAGUUCCAGAUAGCAGCUGAGUCUGGAUCUGACCUCGGUUUACGGUGGUUGAAGAGGCUUGGAGAUUACGAAAAACAGCCCGAAGAGCUAAAGCAAAUCCAGCAAUGACCUCCAGCGAAAGAAUACCGCUGCAUUCGGCAAUUAGGCCCAGUUCUUUUGAACAGAUUGUGAAGAAUCUCGUCCUGGAAAAUCCUGAGCGAAAAGAACUCGAUUUGCCUUCCAAAAUCUCGAGCGGAUUCUGCAGAAUCCUAGUGCAAUUCAAAAUCCUCGAAAAACAUAGAUUUUCACAGAAUCCCAGGAUUCUGGUAAGUCCCACCAAAGAAAACGUUUCGGAUAUGAGAGUACCCCUAUUGGAGGAAUAAUUUACAGCCAAACUGCCCCUUUUGCACGACUGAACGGCCCAGCAAACGCUCGAUCCCCACGAGCGCUAGCGGCGGCGGGAGCUCCAGCAGCCCGCCACCGGCCACCCCCUGGCAGCCCAGCCUACACGCCGGUUCUCGCCUUGGGGCGGCCCCUCUCCUCACGACGGCCCGCCUCGCCGCCGCCAGAUGGGAACACCGACAGCACCCCUCCUCACGACGCCGCCGGACGGGAGCUCCGUCAGCCUCGCUCCUCGCGACCCCGCUGGAAGGGCAGCCUGCCGCCUCUGGUCGCCUCUGGCCGCCCUGCCUAGACGCCCGAUGGGAACUCUUCUUCUCUGUCUCGUCUCUCUUCUACCUCUGUAUUCUUCUCUGUUUCUCUGUUAACAUCUAGGUGAAUAGAUGGAUGGAUAGAUGCAUGUAUUGAUGAAUAAAUGGUACUGCUAAUGCAUUGAUGUAUGUUUAAAUUUGUAUCUGUCGCUUGACAAUUUCAAUUUGGUAAUUGCCAAUUUGGUACU